AUGUCAGGUUUUGCUCUGCGUGGGCAUUUGCAGUGUGUCGGUCUGAAUUCAAAGCAAAAUGAAAAAUAAAACACAAAAAGAUGUUCAGAGCAAAGAGAGCACAUGCCACCAAGGCACCUGUAAGUGAACAGUGAAACUACUGGUUUUCAAACAUAUAUGAUUACGUCAACGUAGAUUUACCACUAGUUACCAAGGUCCAUGUGACAGUGAAACAGAAUUUUACAGUGUAAAAUUUUCUUCUUGGCAAACUUUGAAUGUCCAACGUUUAAUCAGAUUCCUCUUCAUAAAAAGAUCAAAACCGCUCAGCAUACGACACGUCAUGUUCUUCCGAAGUACUACAGCACUCAGUACCCACCUUUGCAAAUAAACCCACCGUCUUCUUCGGCUGGGCUGCUUCUCUUUCACGGACUCAACUGAGAAAAGAAAAUAAACCAAACCACCUCUCUUUCUCUCUCUGUUUCUCAACCCUUCAUCGACCAUGAAAACUCAUCAACCUAAGCUCAAGACUCAACUUUUCUCAUGUGGGUUUUUCCGCCAUUGCACUCAGACUGCUCUCAGCCCAACUACUCCUCAUUCUCCAACCCUUCCUUUCACACCCUCUGAUCCACCGCAUCUACACCAACCACCACCACCUCCUCCUCCACCAUCUGAUCCGCCAUGUCACCGUCCUUCACAGCCCGACUCUGAAUCUUCCUCUUCUUCAACCUCCCAGAGCUUUACCCAGUGGAAAUUCCCACUGCAAACCUGCUCACCUGUCCUUCCCCUCCUUCCACACACUCAAUCCAAACCCUCGUCGGAGACCAAACUCACCUCCUCCGACCUACAACCACCAUCGCCUCCGCCUAUCUCCUCCGCCAACCUCCAGGAACUCUUCCAUGCGGCCGAGCUCCAACUAACCACCGGCUCCGACUCCGACCAGCUCGCCGCUCUUCACCUCUUGGAACGCGCUCUCGUUCCCAACCCGCCAACAGACCCGGAUUGCCCGCCCGAAUUGAUGCGCGGGGUGGUAAGGAAUUUGAAAAGCAAAGCGGGAGCGAAACCCGCCACGAAGAUCUUGUUGGCGCUGUGCCUGGCCGAGGGAAACCGCCACGUGGCGGUCGAAGCCGGUGCUGUCGCGGCGGUGGUGGAGACGGCGCUGGAGAUGGAGGGUCCUCCGGCGGAACGCGCGCUUGCGGCGCUGGAGCUGAUGUGUACGGUGGCGGAGGGAGCGGCGGAGGUUAGAGCGCACGCGCUGGCAGUUCCUGCUAUGGUGACGAUGAUGGGUCGGACGUCGGCUCGUGGGAAGGAGUACGCGAUCAGCGUGCUGGCGGUGAUCUAUGGAGGCGUUUCGGAAGCUGAAAUGGUGGAGGCUGAGACGGAGGAGGCAGCAGAGGAAGAGUCGGAGGCGGCGGUUCCGGCACCGCCGGAGGAGGUGGCGCGUGCGGUGACGUUGGCAUUGCAAGGGGAUUGUAGUGCUAGAGGGAGGAGGAAGGGUGCUCAGCUCCUCAAGGUGCUUCAAAACAAUUGCUAAUCGUUGCAAUAUUAAUAACUACGUUUCCAUUAAUUGUUAUCUAUUUAUUAAUUAAAAUAAGCACUCCCUUUUCUUA